AUGACCACAACCACCACCACCACCACCACCACCUCCCUCGAAACAUGUCUCGUUCCGCCACCGGCCGGCGGCCCGGCCUCUGUAUCCGUACCCCUCUCCUUCCUCGACAUCCUCUGGUUAUUCUUCCAACACCCCAUCCGCCGCCUUUUCUUCUACCGCCACCCCAUCUCCGAAGCCCAUUUCCUCCAAACCCUCGUCCCCAACCUAAAAAACUCCCUCUCACUAACCCUCCGACACUUCCUCCCCUUGUCGGGCCACCUUCUUUACCCCAAAAAGACCGACGAAGAAAAGCCCUUAUUCCGCUACGUCGCCGGCGACUCCGUCCCGCUCACGGUCGCCAUCUCCGGGGAAGAUUUCGAAGACCUCAUCGGAAACCACCCCCGUGAUGCCGAUAGAUUUUACGAUUUUGUCCCGGAGAUGCCACCUGUGCAGGAAGAAGAGGAUUACAAGCUCUUUCCCCUGUUAGCCCUGAAAGUUACCCUGUUUCCUGGCCGCGGCAUAUGCAUCGGCGUGGCCAACAGCCACGUGGCCGGCGAUGCCAGCUCAAUUUUCCGGUUCAUGAAGACGUGGUCGACAAUCUCCGCGGACGUUGAUUCCGAAUGCAGCUCGUAUUUGCCGGUUUUUGACCGAUCUUUUAUCAAAGACACGAUCGGAAUCGACUCAAUUUUCUGGGAGGCUCUGCGUAAGUUCCCGGUCGAGCCAUCAUCUUUCCCCUUGCCAACUAACCGGGUCCGGGCCACCUUCACCUUGACCCGGACCCAUAUAGAGAUGCUCAAGGACUUGGUUCGGGCCAAGAAGCCCGACCUUGCCCGACCCUCGUCGUUCGUGGUCUCAAUGUCAUACAUUUGGACCUGUCUCGUCAAAUCCGGCGUUGAGGUCGGAGAAAAGCCCGAUAAGGACGUGCCCGAGUUCUUCAUUUUCACGGUGGAUGCAAGGGCGCGGGUUGACCCGCCCGUGCCCGAGAACUACUUCGGAAACUGCUUGGGCUACGCAAUGGCGAAAAUCGAGCACGAGCGGCUGACCGGUGAAGAGGGUUUCGUGACGGCCGUGGAGGCCAUAUCCGAGGAUAUCAAGAAUCGGGUGAAUAAGAAGAAUGAGAUAUUGAGAGGUGCUGAGAAUUGGAUGUCGAAUUUCGGGAACUUUGGGGAGAUGAGGUUUAUGGGGGUUUCAGGUUCGCCUAGGUUCGAUUUGUACGGUGUGGAUUUUGGGUGGGGGAGCGCGUCCAAGGUGGAGGUGGCAUCGAUCGACGGGGAGUGUUAUUCGGUGUCGUUGUGUAGGUCGUGUGGUUCGGACGGAGGUUUGGAGGUCGGCCUGUCUUUGUCGAAGGAGAGGAUGGAGGCUUUUGGUGCUAUAUUUGACAAUGGGCCAAGAGUUUGA